ACAAAACGCCGCGGCUUGCAAAAAUAGUCGUUCAUCAUCGUUCCCUCGGAGUGCAUCCCGUGGUCGCACCGGCACCGAAUUCAGUCCGCAGUUAAAAUUUCUUAUCAUUUCGCCGAGUGCAUUACUUUCCACUGAUCUACUUGCGGAAAAGUAAUUUCCUUCAAAAUGGCCUGCUCCAAAAGUUUCCAGCGCUCAGCUGUUUUGCUGCGAAAUUCGACGACCUUCGAGGGCUUCAUGGCCAAACGGGCCAGCUCAUGGUGGGGCGCCGUCCAGAUGGGUCCGCCGGACGUGAUCCUGGGCGUGUCGGAGGCGUACAAGAAGGACUCGAACCCAAAGAAGAUCAACCUGGGCGUGGGCGCGUACCGUGACGACAACGGUAAACCGUUUGUGCUUCCCAGCGUGAAGAAGGCCUCCCAGCGGCUGGUGGAGAAGAACCUCGACCACGAGUACUCGCCGAUCGGCGGAACGGCCGAAUUCUGCAAAAACAGCAUCAAGCUUGCGCUGGGCGAGGACAGCCAGCACGUGGCGGGUGGAGCGAACGCCACCGUCCAGGCCAUCAGUGGAACCGGCGCGCUGCGCAUCGGAGGUGCGUUCCUGGCCAGCUUCUUCCCGGGCGUCAAGGACAUCUACCUGCCAACGCCGUCGUGGGGCAACCACGGGCCGAUCUUCCGCCACUCGGGACUGAACGUGAAGGCGUACCGGUACUACGAGCCCAGCACCUGCGGAUUCGACUUCAAGGGGGCGCUUGAGGAUCUUUCGAAAAUCCCGGAACGAUCGAUCGUCCUCCUGCACGCUUGUGCCCACAAUCCGACCGGCGUCGAUCCCAAGCCGGAACAGUGGGCCGAGAUGUCGGCCGUGAUCAAGAAGCGCAACCUGUACCCGUUCUUCGAUAUGGCUUACCAGGGCUUCGCCAGCGGUGAUGUCAACAAGGACGCGCUGGCCGUGCGUUCGUUCCUCAAGGACGGCCACCAGAUUGCGCUUGCGCAGAGUUUCGCCAAGAACAUGGGUCUGUACGGUGAACGUGCCGGAGCGUUCUCGCUGAUCUGCGCCGACAAGGACGAAGCCGACCGGACCAUGUCCCAGAUCAAGAUCCUGAUCCGACCGAUGUAUUCGAACCCGCCAAUCCACGGUGCCCGGCUGGUCGCGGAAAUCCUGUCCGACGCGUCCCUCCGCAAGGAGUGGCUCGCCGACGUCAAGUUGAUGGCCGAUCGCAUCAUCUCCGUUCGUAGCACGCUGCAGAACAACCUGAAGAAGCUGGGAUCGGCACGAAACUGGAGUCACAUCACCGACCAGAUUGGAAUGUUCUGUUUUACCGGAAUGAACCAGCAGCAGUGCGAGCGACUGACCAAGGAGUUUAGCGUGUACCUCACCAAGGACGGACGCAUCUCGAUGGCCGGCGUGACCUCCAAGAACGUGGACUAUCUGGCUCAGGCCAUCCACGAGGUCACCAAGUAAUGCCGCAGCACUGCCUUCACGCGAAUUGCAUUUUUGUUUUGGAUUUGUCUAGGAAAGAAAGUCAUUUAUAAUGUUGGCAUUUAAAGAAAUUGCACAGAGUGUACUUUUUGCGAGCUUUUUUCCAAAUCAAUCAGAUUGAUUUAGGGCGAGGAGGGUGGGUGAACGUUAUGAUUACAAAUCAAAGCUAUUAUAAAGUCUUUAUAUCAGCCCUUUAGAAUUUUUGGCACGAUCACGCACGAAAAAACUUAGAAGAUCAGCUAGGCUGACCUCAAACCACACCCAUACAUACUAGUAGUGUAGAAAUAAAGUCUAUUGUUGGAACAACA